AUGUCAUUCCUCCAAACAACCUUCAAAACAGGCUACAUCACCGACCUCAUCCUCCCGCCCGUCCCCACAGGCAAAACAUCAUCCGACGUCUUCCUGGCCGGCCACGCCCUGGCCCUCAGCAUGGCUCGAUCGCCCGAAACCAUGAGCAGACUCAACCCCUUCGUCUACAGCGUACAGACCAUGUCCGCUGCGGACCCGCAUGCCGUUGAUGCCAGGGCGAUCGCUGCACGGUUCGAUGUUAACGUCGACAAUGACAAGCUCGACAACACCCCGUCUUCUGCGACAGCCGACACCGAGUCCGAUUCCGAGUCCCAGUUCGUCCAUUACGAGAUCAAAGACAAGUUGCCCGUCGCGUUGGGAUAUUCGGCCGACUUGACGUAUCAUAGUGCGAUCCGGCGGACGAAGGAGGGGAUCGAGGCGUUGACAGAUCCUGGAAGUGGUGUGUUGCUUCAUGGGAGGUGGAUGGUUAAAGGUGUUGCGCUGGAUGGGGACGCGAAUAAGGAGAGGACUAAUAGGGAUGAUGGGACUGGGGACGCCAGUGCGAGUGCCGGAGUACUUACUCUCCUCGAAACGAACACCAUCUCCUGCAGUGUUUUGGUGGCGUGGUAUAUCAGGGCAAGUAUGGAUAAGAGUCAUCGCACAGCACAUCAACGGUUCAAGGAGUUGUGGACGCAGAGGAUGAAUGAAUUGGGAUAUCCUCCUGCAUGA